ACACAAAAGAAAAAAAAAAAAAAAAAUCAGUUACAUAUUAAAAUUUUUCAGUUGUUCAACAAGUGAUGAUUAUUAAAUAAAAAUAAACUAAUAAUAUAUGACAACAUGAGUAACAUAUUGAAUUAUAAUUUACAAAUAAAUAAUUUAAAAAAAAAAGAAUUUAAAGAUGCUGUUAAUUAUAGUCUUGAUUGUUUAAAAUCAAAUAAUUAUUAUGAUGGUGAUAUAAAUUUAGAAAAUGAAACAAUAUCAUGGCGUGCAUUCACGUAUGGCAAAACAAUUUAUGAUUUUUUAAUUAAAAUCAUGAAUAAAAUGUCGGAAGAUAAUGACAAUGAUUGGUUAUUGGAAAAUCAAGAAGUCAAUCAAAAUUGUGAUGUUGAAUCAAUGAUGGAAAAUUUAUUUAAAACUGGUGAAUAUUUAACUAUUGAGGCUAAAAAUAAUCAAGAUAAAAAUACUAACACUGAAAACAACAAUGCUUUUGUUAGUUUUUAUAACAACAAUGAAAAUAAUAAUAAUAAUUGUGAUGGUUCAAAUUCAAGUUAUGAUGAAGAACGAGCACUUGAAUAUUUACACUUGAAAAAAAAAGAAUCUGAAACUGUUGUUGUUAAUUCAGUUGUACCCAGUGACCUAGAAAAUUUUGAUAACACACAAUACAAUAAAGAUAAUAAAUUGCCGGACAAUUUUUUUACCAAGCUUACAAGAGAUGCUGAAGAAAUAAUUGUUCAUCAUAAUUCAAGAUCUUAUAAUGAAAAAUAUGACAUUGAAGAAUUUUCUCCAAGACCUCGUUCUCUAAACGAUUCCACUGAAAAUAAUGAAGAUUCAUGGACAAAAUUGAAUGGAAAUUGUUUUGUUAAAAUUGAAUCAGAUGAUGUUGAAAAAGCUCUUGAUUGGAUUGAAGAAAAUAAAACUAAUACAGAAGAAGAUGAUGAUCAAAAAUUAAAAGUUGACCAGAAUGAUAAAGAUCCAUGGAUGGGAGCAAAGGGACGUUGCUCUCUUCAACUUGAACCAGAUGAUGUUGAUCCUCUUGAAUGGAUUGAAGAAAGUGAAACAAUUGAGAAUGAUUAUCAACAAGAGUCAUUUGAAAUUAAAUCUAAUCAUUUGACAAACUCAAAAGCUGACGAUGAGAACAAUGAAGAUCCAUGGAUUAAAUUGAGGUCACGUUGUUGUGUUCAACUCAACUCAGAUGAUGUUGAAAGAGCCCUUGAAUGGAUUGAAGAAAAUAAAACUGAUGCAUCAGAAGAUGAUUGGCAACAAGAAUCAGACACAUUUAAAAUUAAUUCUGAUGGCAUAAUGAAACUUACAGUAAGCGAGAAUGAUGAAGGUGCAGCAUGGAUCAAUUCAAAAAGACGUUGCUCUCUUCAACUUGAACCAGAUGAUGCUGAUCCUUUUGAAUGUACUAAAGAAACAAUUAAAAAUGAUUAUCAAAAAGAAACAGAUAUAUCAUUUGAAAUUAAAUCUAAUAAUUUGAAGAAGCUAAAAGUUGACCAAAAGAAUGACGAUCCAUGGAUCAAAUUAGGAGCACGUUGUUCUGUUCAAAUCAAAUCAGGUGAUGUUGAGAGAGCCCAUGAAUGGAUUGGAAAAAAAGAAAAAAUUAAAGAAGAUUAUGAACAACAAUUUACCACACCAGGUAAAAUUAAUUCUGAUGAUUUGAUAAUUGGGGACUUGGUAUAUGUUAAGUGUCUUGAACAUAAAUUCAAUAAUAAAAAACUUGGGGAUGAAUUAAUACGACAUUGGGCUCGUGAAGUUAAAGAAAAAAUGAAAAAAAAUAAUAAACCAUUUAAUCCAAAUAUUGCUUGGACUAAUAAAUUUAAAAAAUAUUAUAAUAUCACCGGGGAUAAAUCAGAUUUGAAAGUCAAUUAUAAUUCACAAGUUAAAACGAAAAAUUCUGAAUCAUCAUAUCAUUCAAAUGACACUCAUUCAAAUAAAAAUUAUUCAAAUGAACCAUGUGCGAUUAAUAAAAAAGAAGAUGACAUUUAUCUUUAUUACAAUGAUAAUUUUACUGAUCAAUAUGAUGAUGAUGAUGAUUAUUAUUCUCAGAAUCAUUAUAAUAAAAAAAUUAAAAAAGAAAAACAAGACAAUUUUUACAGAAGUUUAAGACAAGAACGAUCUAAAAAAUUAUCAAAAGUUCAUAACUAUAAUCUCAGAAAUAUUAAAAAAGAAAAAAUAAUAUAAAGAUUGUCAAUCAAUUUAUACUUUGUAUUUAUUUUUUUUCUUUUUUUCUAUUAACUCAAAUCAACUUAAAUCAACUUAAAUCAAUUUAAUUUAAUUAAUUUUAAAGCUAAAAAAAAAAUAAAAUAUUUCGCUUGUUAUUUGUAAAUAAUAACAGAAAAAAAAGUUAUUGAUUAACUUGAUGUAUAUUAUUGUUUAUAUUAUUAUAAUAUAUUAAUACAGUAAUUAAAUUAAUAAAUUAAUAAAUUGAUCAAUUAAUAAAAUAAUAUAAAAAAAA